GGGCAUUCUCUCACAUGCCGGCAACGGUUUGAAAUAUGUACAAAGUAUGUACAAAGUAUUCUCCUCUUUUUCAUGUUGUUCGUAAGUACGUACUGCAAAAGAACUUCAAAACGUGGAUGAAAUAUCGUCGAUCUAGUCUUUGUACCUACUUAUACGUAUGAUUCCUCCUAAUUUCGUCUGAAAAACGAGCGCAAUGGAAGAGUCGAUGUUAAAAUUUGACAUCAAAGAGGUUAAGUCAGACCUUUUAAAAGCUAUUGCAGAAUGUUCUCAACGAGGAUUAAUGCAUACAACAAAAUGGCUUGCCGAGUUGAAUUAUUCAUUGAAAAAUAUCAAACUAGACCCAAGUGACACCCCCUCUGACAUAAGCAUAGCGGAACCAAGUGAAGAAGAUGACAUUUAUACUUUGGCUAAAAGCUACUUUGAUUUAAAGGAGUAUGACCGUUCCGCAUACUUUUUGAACAGCUCCAAUUCUGCAAAAGCAAGAUUUUUAUACUUCUAUUCAUUGUAUCUGUCUGACGAGAAAAAGAAAAUUGAUAACAUGACUGAUGUUCCAUCAGACCCUUUAAAAAAUAGUAGCUUGAAGCAUCUAUGCAGUGAACUGAGAAAAGAACACAUUGCUGAGAAUCUUGAUGGCUAUGGCUUGUACUUGUACGGUGUUAUUUUGAAAAAAUUACAGCUUGCAAAAGAAGCCAUUGAUAUUCUAGUUCAGUCUAUUCACAAGCAACCUAUGCAUUGGGGAACAUGGCUUGAAUUGGAAAGCUUGAUAACAGACAGAGAGAAACUGGAAGCACUGGUUUUACCUAAUCAUUGGAUCAAACGCUUUUUCAUGGCACACAUGUAUUUAGAACUGCAACUUCUUGAUGAAGGAUUAGCUUUGUAUUGCGAUUUACAAGCAAUGGGUUUCCGAAAGAAUGGAUAUGUUCUUGCUCAGACUGCAAUUGCUGUGCAUUACAGGAGAGAUGUUGAUAAUGCAAUAGCAACAUUUAAGCAAAUUAUAGAAGAUGAUCCUUAUCGUCUGGACAAUAUGGACACAUAUUCAAAUUUAUUAUAUGUGAAAGAAUUGAAGAAUGAAUUAGCUUAUUUAGCUCAUAGAGCAACUGAAAUUGACAAGUAUAGAUUGGAAACAUGUUGUAUAGUAGGUAAUUAUUAUAGUUUAAGAGCAGAUCAUCAAAAAGCUGUAAUGUACUUCCACAGAGCUUUAAAGUUAAACCCACAGUAUUUGUCAGCCUGGACUUUAUUAGGUCACGAAUUCAUGGAAAUGAAGAACACAAAUGGUGCCAUACACAGCUAUCGCCAAGCUAUUGAAGUCAACAAGAGAGACUACAGAGCUUGGUAUGGUUUAGGUCAAACUUACGAAAUUCUAAAGAUGCCAUUUUAUGGUUUGUAUUAUUACAAACAAGCGCAAUUGUUAAGACCUCGGGAUAGUAGGAUGGUACUUGCCCUAGGAGAAGCUUAUGAAAAGCAAGACAGAAUACCCGAGGCUUUGAAGUGCUAUUACAAAGCUUGUAAUGUUGGUGAUAUUGAGGGAAUGGCCCUUAUACGAUUGGCUCAGUUGUACGAGAAAUUAGGGCAUCAUGAUAAUGCUGCAGCGGCUUACACAGACUUUGUAACAGAUGAAUACAGGAAUGAGGACAGAACUGAACUUAGCCAUGCUUACAAAUUCUUAACGCAAUACCAUUUAAAACGUGAAGAAUUAGAUCAAGCAAAUCAUUAUGCUCAAAAAUGUUUGCAAUAUGACGAAACAAAAGAAGAAGCUAAGGCCUUUUUAAGGACAAUAGCUCAGAAGAGGAUAAAAGUAGAAGAAAAUCCAAUGGUGGUUGAAGACAUGAAUGAGACAGAUCCAAUUGGUGAUACGGAAAACAGAGCAGUGGCAACUACUCCAGCUGGCUCACAAUUAUCACCUAUGAAUCUAUCUUUUACUCCCACUCAGUGAUUCAAGAAUAUAGCAAUGCGAUGUAAAUAUAAUUCGGUAUAUUUGUAUGUAUCAUGAAAUAUUUUGCUAAGUAAAAAAUUUAUUUAGAUAAGUGAAAUUUUUUAAAAAUUUACCAAAUUACUUUUACGAACAGUUUAAUAAAAGUAAUUAACAAAA